AGGAAAUACUAAACAUGGAUGGAGAGGAUACCAAGCAAUUACAUGCCGAGGUAGCAGAGGGAGUCAACCUUGGGGAAAAUGAACAGCUGACUACCCGUACUCCUCAGUUGCAUGGCACAGAUAAUAUUGUACCACCAUCAGGUUUGGAUUCUUCAUCCAGUACCACAACAACCUCAGAAGGUAGUUUUAGUGGAAGCUGGAACUCUCAACCUGAAAUGCCAUCAGUGAAUGUGGCUAUAGAUGAUGAUAAGAAAGGGCCUGAGUCUUGCCCUCCUCAGGGUACAUUGGUGUCAAGUAGCAUAGAUUCCUCCAUAAAAGAGACAUUCCAACCAGUUGCUGACAAGCUUGCAGCUUUACCCAUUCAGCGUUCAAAUGAGGGCCUUUCCUCAUUGGUGUCUUAUUCCUCAUCCUCGGCAGAAGCCUCAGCCUCAGAGGACAAUGCUCAAGAAGAUCUGGAUGAAAACAGUCUGCCAGAGUUGCCAGAAUCCUACAAAGAAACCCAGCAAGAGGAUCCCAAGACUGAAACUGAACCUAUUGUGGAGGAAACAAAACCUGUAAAAGAGCUUGAAGAACCAAUGGAAGUGGAGCCUCCAGAAGUGCCAGAAAUCCAAGAAACUGAUUCAGUACCUAUUGCUCUUCCUGAAGUGCAGGAGGCAACAGAGGCUGAGGAAGAGGAGACUUCGGAACUAGAAGCCUUAGCUGCAGAAAUCCAGCGUCAAGAGGAGCAGGCUGCAAUUGAGAAGGAAAGUUCCUUAAUACCUGAACUUCCUGAUGAACCAGAGUCCAUGGAAGUUGGAGAGGACAAGACUUCAGAAUUGUCAGAAGUUACCCAAGAGACAAAAGCCCAGCUUAUAGAGCAAGAGCCAACACCAGAACCUGAUGAGAAAGAACCAGAGGAAGUCCUUAAUGACCCAGCUUUUGAUAAUGAGGAGAAGGUUAUCCCAGUGGAAGAAUACCAGGAAGAGAUGCCAUGCAUGGAAUCAGAAGAUAAAACAGUCAUGCAUGAAGAGAAUGUGAAGUCUCCAGCAGAAGAGGAUGGGGAAACAUGCACACUAAAACUGAGUAGUGAUGAAAGCACAGGAUUGACAGAGGCUGAGUUUAAGGAGAAAGCUCAAGAGGAAAAAAAAGAUGAUCUAGACGGUAUGGAAUCCUCUGGAAGUGAAACUAAUGCCCUGGUAGAGACCAAGGAGACUACUGUUCCAGAAGGGGAGGAUGAAAAUACCUUUGGAGUCAAAUUAAAGAGGGCCCUGGAUGAAGAAAUUGAAAGUGCUGAAGAACCAGUUAGCAAGAGAGUGUGCAUGGAAGAGAUGCCAGUGAGCAGUGCUUCCUUUGAGGGAAAGAUUCUUGAAAGGCAAAACACACUACCCUUUGAACCUGAAACAGAAGGGGGAGCCACUGUUGAGGACCAGUUAAUUGAUGAUUUGGCAUCCGAAGACAAAAAAGAUGAUACAAUACAAAAGAGUGAUGAGGAAAGCAGAGAUGAUAUGUCUAUUGGAGAGAAAAUGAAGGAAAUGCAAGAGGAAAAAUUGGAUAGUAAAGAGAAGAUAAUGAAAGAAGAAGAGGAGGAGAUUGUAACACCAUCAACUAGGAGGAAGCGAAAGAAGAAGUCAUAUGAACGUCCGCGAGGUGAAGGAGGAAAAUUCAGGAAAGAGAAACCAGGUUUAUACAAAACAGAUCCAUCUGUGUUGGAUGAGGAUACAAGGAUGGACAGUAACCUUCCACAGGAUGAAGACUCACAGGGAUCUAUGUCAAAGAGGGAAGUUCGCAGAUUCCGCUGUGAAGUCAUUGUUCCAGAAAGCACUGAAGCUUUCACAGCAGAAAAGGUUGUAGAGUAUGUAUGGCCCUUGGAAGGAUUAGGUGAACAUUAUUUUAUUCAGGAACAGAUUUCCCAGUAUUUGGGAAUAAUGUCCUUCAAGCGCAAAUAUCCGGACUUGCGCAGGCGACCCAUAGACAUGCAGGAACGUGAUUACCUGAAAGAGAAAGGCCUGGUAUCAGAAAUGGCUUGUGAUUUGGGCCUGACUGCAGUAAGGAGUGAAGAUGUUUUGGAUGUCAUGUUUAAUGAUUUUCCUUCUAAGUUUGAUGAAUUGCAGCGCCUCUUGCGAGAACGCAAGGAGAAUGAGAUGAAAGAGAGAGGAAAAGUAAACUACUCCAUGGCCAACAUAGACAAAUCUAAAAUGCAGGAGUAUGGAAGGAAAGCAGCUGCUGAUGCUGCUAGAUGGAAUGCAGCAUUCAACAAAGAGAAGAGAGAUGAACGCAGAUAUAGCUUUGACCUUCAGACAUUCUCUCUGCAAAAGCCAUCCAGCAAGGGAAAGAAGCUUCCACCUGAGUAUACCAAAAUUGGACCUUAUCCUGUAGCUGUUUUACCUGGACAGUUCACAGAUUACUAUAGAGAGUACACCUCAGCAGCACUGAGUUCUUUGCCCUUGAACUCAGUCAUGGCACCUCCCAUUACACGCGAUCCCUUGGGCUCUGAUGGGGCUGGGUCAGACUCGGAAGAGGAAGCUUCUGUACCGACACAAGGCACAGAUGAACCCGACAAUGCUGACAUUAAGGACGAAAAGGGUGAAGGGUUGCCUCGUUGCAAGGUCUGUAGUGGUACAAAGAAUCGCAACAAAGGAGGAAAGCCAGAACCACUUAUUAUAUGUGGCUCCUGUAGAUCUGCAAGCCAUCCAACAUGCAUUGAUCUUACCUUAGCAAUGGUACCAAAAAUUGAAUCCUAUAACUGGCAGUGCAUGGAUUGCAAAAAUUGUGUUCUCUGUAGUGAUCCAGAUGAUGAAGAGAAGAUGAUUUUCUGCGACAUGUGUGACCGUGGAUACCACAUAUACUGUGUAGGCCUACGUCGUGUACCAAAUGGACGUUGGCACUGCAAAGAGUGUGCCAUUUGUUCAUCCUGUGGAUCAAAGACACCAGCUGGUAAUGAGCAUGCUAAAAAUGCUGAGUGGCAGCAUGAGUUUAAAAAGGACAAAGAUAAUAAACAACUGAAAUAUGCUACAACACUGUGUGUUCCUUGUGAUAAGUACUGGAAAAGACGUCAGUUCUGUUAUGUGUGCCUAAAGGUGUACAGAAGCAUACCCGAAGAUGGUAUGGUACGCUGCUCAAACUGCCCAAAGUAUAUUCAUCGUGAAGGCUGCUCUACAAUGUAUGAAAAUGAACGCUUUUGCAACAACUGCUUUAAGAUGCGUAAUACAACAGCACUGAAUCACUCAAGAAUCAUUGCUGCUGCUAAAAAAAAGAUGGCAUCAGGAUAUUAGAAGAAAGGGAUUUUUUUGGUAUACAUUUCCAAGUGUUAUUCAUAAUUGUGUGUUUGUGAAUACAAGAAACUCAAAUGCUAUAUGUACUAUCAUUUGUGAAUUUAAUGACCAAUGACUUAAAAUUGCUCUGAAUUUUAUUAUAUUGUAAUUGUGAAGAGAUGAACAAGAAUUUCCAUAUGCUUCCCUUAUAGUGUUAUGAAUAUAUUGAGUGGUGUGGCUAGACAUUUAGGGGCUCAGGGGAUAGGGCUCUUAAGGAGCUCCCUGUAUUUCUUAGCUAUGACAAGAAAUAUACCUGACAAAAUAAAAACAUUAAGAUUAAAAAAUUACCAGGUAUCAUUUGGGUGCUUCCCUCCCCCAUAAUGGGCCCAGGGGGUGAACCCCCCACAGCUAUACCACUAAAUAUAUUAUUUGAUGUGCAGUACUAACAAGAUUUCUUCUGUUGGUGUAAAGUAAAUAAGGUAGGCAUGAUUAUAGCUUCCAUGUAAGAAUUAAUAUUUUACAAUCUGUUUCGACCAGGGAUUCUCAGUCUUUUCAGUUGAUCCCAUAAUGAAAUUUAAAAUUUUUCAUUGACCCCCAGUCAGAAUUUAAAAGAAAAUUACAAGUUAUACAUCAUAUUUUGUGAAAUGAAUGUAUAUUAUUACAAAACUAAAUAAGGAACUCUUAUUCUAAUGUUGUAGCAGUGUGAAAGGUACAAGAUAUACAGAAUGUGGAUGGGAAAAGUAAAAGUUACUUUAAGUAGAUAAUCUUUUUAGCAACAAUAGAUGAUUCUAGCCUUUUUACAAGUCCUGGCCUCGCUACUCUUCGACCCUCUUUGGACCCCCUAGCCAUUAGUUCAUGCCUACUUGGUUAGUCAUGCACCCCUUGGAUGGUGCCACAAAUCCCUGGGGGUCAAGCAUUAACCAUUUUGAGAACACCUGGUAACCUUUCAAAGUCGGACUCAGUGCAUGAAUAUUAGUUAUGUUACUUCAGCUGAAAUUUUAUAGUAGUGUAGGGUACCACAUGUUGAUGGAAAGAGUAAAUGAGUAUAUAAGAGGAUCAAUUUUAUACAUUAUAUUUUGCUCUUCUGAGUAAUGUAGAAAGUAGGCAAAUUUUGUAACUUCUAUUAGUUUAGAGGAAAGGCAAUAUUGAUGUAACAUUUUAACUUACAGAGGUGAUUUUAUGUUUCUAUAUAUUUUUUUAUCCAGUGAAAAAUACAUGUGUGGUAUUUUUUUUCAGUUUAGUCAGUCUGAUGCAUUGUAAGAAAAAAAUGAUUAAAUUAUUUAUCUCUA